AUGGGACAGAGAUCUACAUCAUCCACCAAGAGUGGAAAAUUUAUGAACCCCACAGACCAAGCCCGGAAAGCAGCCCGGAAGAGAGAAUUAAAGAAGAACAAGAAACAACGCAUGAUGGUACGAGCUGCAGUUUUAAAGAUGAAAGAUCCCAAACAAAUUAUCCGGGACAUGAAGAAAUUGGAUGAAAUGGAAUUUAACCCAGUACAACAGCCACAGUUAAAUGAGAAGGUGCUGAAAGAUAAGCGUAAAAAACUGCGUGAAACCUUUGAACGUAUUCUACGACUCUAUGAAAAAGAAAAUCCAGAUAUAUACAAAGAAUUACGAAAGCUGGAAGUAGAAUGUGAACAGAAAAGGGCUCAACUUAGCCAGUAUUUUGAUGCUGUCAAGAAUGCUCAGCAUGUGGAAGUAGAGAGUAUUCCUUUGCCAGACAUGCCGCAUGCUCCUUCCAACAUCCUGAUUCAGGACAUCCCCCUUCCUGGUGCCCAGCCACCCUCUAUCCUUAAGAAGACUUCAGCCUAUGGACUUCCAUCUCGGGCAGUUUCGAUACUUCCUCUUCUUGGACUUGGUGUUCCACGGUUGCCUCCUGGCAGAAAGCCUCCUGGUCCUCCUCCUGGGCCACCACCUCCUCAAGUUUUACAGAUGUAUGGCCGUAAAGUUGGUUUUGCCCUAGCUCUUUCUCCUCGGAGACGAGAUGAGGACAUGCUAUAUAGUCCUCCUCCAAGGGGACCUCCAGCAAGGCUACCUCCCCCUGCACCUCCAGCUCCCUUGCCGAACCCGGGGGUUUUAAGCGCUCCUCCCAAGUUGAUUCAGCUGCCCAAGGCAAAUGACAGGAGCGCAGCAACCAUUGAGAAGAAAGCUACAGCAACCAUCAGUGCCAAGCCACAGAUCACUAAUCUCAAGGCAGAGAUCACUCGUUUUGUGCCCACAGCACUGAGGAUGCAGUUCUAG